CUCGCGGGUUCAGGGACGCAGAUGCUGCCCAGCUCAUCAGAGGCGGACCGACACACCUGUGGACCGGCUGGGCUCGCUCCAGCUAGCGGGCAUGACUCCUAUCAAUACCCUGUCAACGGGUGCGGAUGCCAUCUGUUGUUGUGCAGGCACCGGUGCAUUGAGCCGUCGAUGCGGAGCAGUACGUCGCAGUCAUUGUUGUUCCGUGGGAUAUGGGGAUCAGCCGGUGCCUCCUUUGUCUGUGGUGCUUGGCUGCACUGCAGGAAGGAGGUGUUUAUUCUGAAGCUGAGCAAUGAGAUGCAGCUGAGCAUCAUGAACAAGGUGAAGAACGGUGAGCUGACGAUCGAGGAUGCACUGAACCAGGCCAGGAAGGACAGAGAGCAGCUGGUCCAGCAGAAGAGCUUGGCUGAAGAGGAGCCGCCACCAGUGCAGUACAACUUCAGCGUCCACAAACAUGGACGCUACAGGUGGCAGAAGCGAGUUCUUCAGGUGAUCUUGAUGGACAACUUCACUACAAUGCGACAUGGAUCUCUAAUCGAUUUCAAGACCAAACUGCUGUGCAGCAUUGAGAAAGGCAUCGUUAAGAGGCAGCUCCCGUUCUCCAUUGUCAAAAGCUGCGAUGACGGUGUCGGCUCCAGGUUCUCCAUUUCAUUCAAAGGUCACCACGACUAUGAGUUGGAGGCCACGUCGCUGGAAGAGAAGCACAAGAUGAUGCAGCUGGUGAAUCAGAUCAUCUACAGGAACAUUUACAGUGAUUCUGAAGGAGGCAACACAGAGUCCCUGACUCAGCCUGAAGUCUCUCGCAGCCUCAAAGAGGGAGUCCUGCUGCUGCACAGAGGAGGUCUGGCGUCCUUCAGAUGGGUGAAGUACGAGGUCCAGCUCCACCCUGGUCAGUUGACACUGGUCCCCUUAAAACGUCGACUCCCCCCUGAUGGAGAGGCGACAUCACCCUCCACUGUUUCCAUGGUGAUUCAUCUAUCCGAUGGCGACACCAGAGUCCGGACCCCAUGCAGCCUGGACUCUUUCACCCUGGUCACGCAUAAGAACGAGUACAAUUUCAAGGUACCACUGUCUGCUCCAACUGCUGGUGAAGGCUCCGCCCAGGAGCAGCGAGAUUCCUGGGUCAAGGCCAUUGACAAAUUGUGCUGUGACUGGAAGAGGAGGUCUCUUGGUGAAAAGAAACUUCUGGAGAUGAUACCUCUUCGACAUCUGAGCAUCGAUGAACAGUUGGAGGACAACAAUGUAAAUCAAGAAAGCAGCAAUAGCCUUGACUCCCUGAGUCACCACCCUCAGGGAGAUGCUGGAAAUAUGGAAGAAGGUUGCUGUAAAGAAUUGUUGCCGCCAGCCUCACCGCAGUCUCCCGGUCCAUCUCCAACUGUGUCUCCUGGUGUUGGGCCUUCCUCACCAACAUCCUCUGUGCCGCCUCAGUCUCCAGGAUCCUUUCCAUUCAGCCCACAUCAGCAUCCAUCCUCUCCCAUCCCAGAGCUGGUCACGCAAGAACCAGACUCCCUGCCUGGCAAGCUCUCCCCUCCUGACCCUCCUCCUCUUCCGCCAAGCAUCCCUCUACCACCGCCCCUACCCUUGAAGGUCCGAACCAACCGUAGAAAGCAGCGCACCAAAGCAUUCCAUUGGGAUGAGGUCCGUGCUGAAAAGAUUUCCAAGUCGUUUUGGAAACAUUCGAGUCAGAAGAAGAUAGAAAUUGACACAUCACUCCUGUUGGAGCAGUUUGCAGUAAAAGAAAUGGCAUCGUUUGACGUGACUGAGUCUAAGAACACCCAGAACAUCAUGCUGAACGACAAGAUAGCGCACAACUUCAACAUUUUCCUCAAAAGUUUCCCGGUGCAGCCGGGAGAGCUGAAGGACAAACUGUUGGUGGUUAACGAGGAGGAUGGAGGCCUGUCUGACGAGCACAUCACCUCUCUGAGGAGGUACGUGCCCACUCAGGAGGACGUGGAAAUGUACAAAUCCUACAAAGGAGUGGUGUCAGAGCUGCACAUCGUGGACCAGUACAUGAUGGAGAUGUGCCACAUCCCCUACCUGAGCACACAGCUGGACCUGCUGCUGACCCUCAGAGAGCUUCCAGUGGGCAUGAGAGACCUGCAGCCGCUGAUGAACCAGAAGAUCAGAAUGUGCUCGCAGCUGCUCAACAGCGGGGCGUUCGUCGCCGUGCUGGAGUACCUGCUCGCCAUCGGCAAUUACCUCAACGAAAACGCCGGCAAGGGAAAGGCCAGGGGAUUCCGUCUCACCUCCUUGACCAAACUCUCGCAGCUCCGCGGCAGGGAGAAGAAGUUCACCUUGCUCCAUGCCCUUGUGGAGCAGAUCAUGUUGCAUGAACCGGGCCUGGCCUCGUUUACUCAGGAGUUGGCAGAAUUUGAAACUGUCCCAGGAGCGUCCAUCAAAGGCCUGACCGCAGAAGUGGACGUCCUGAAGAACGAACUGCAGAAAGUUCACCAGUACAAGAAGACGGCGAGGAAGUGGAACGCCGGAGCUGCUCACACCAACUUCCUGAAGGAGCUGAAGGUGGCCAUCGAUAAAUACGACAUGGACCUGACGGCGCUGACCAAGACGUGCGAGGAGAUGAAGAAACUCUACUCCGGCGUUCUGCUCAAGUUUGGAGAGAGCACUGAGCAGGAGUCGCAGGGCCUCUUCAUGUGCGUCUGUGACUUUAUCCAGGACUUCAGAAGAGUGCAAGGACAUGUCUGCUGAGGAGUCUUCAGUGGAGAGUGAAAGUCUGGACCUCUUUGCUGCAGCUGCUGCCCCCACCACCUGGGAUCUGCAGAGUCUGAUGAACGGCUCCUGAAAUGAGGACAGCAAAGUUCAUGUGCUCCAGGAUCAGCAGAGAGACACACAUCAAACUCUUAGUUCACCAAGUGACUGAAAACACCUUCAGAGAACUCUGAAUAAAUGACUCACCUCUGUCUCACACCCUGAGUGUCGCUG